CUAGCCGGGCAGAGAUGGCGUCACUGAAAGCGGCCAAACAGGCGCUUCGGGUUCAAUUGAAACAGCGACUCGCUGCCUUAAGCGAUGUAAACAAAGCGCAGCAAUCCAAGGCUGUGACCCUGAAGUUACUCUCCCACAGGAACUAUAGAAACGCUCAACGUAUUGCUGUCUUUUUGAAUAUGCCAGAUGAAAUUCAGACUGCAGCCAUCAUAAGUGACAUUUUUCAACAAGGAAAAACAUGUUUUAUUCCACGUUACAAACCGCGCAGUAACCACAUGGAUAUGGUGAGGCUUAGUUCCUUGGAGGAGAUCCAACAACUGCCAGUGACAUCAUGGAACAUUCGCCAGCCCGAGGAAGGUGAAAGCAGGGAGGAUGCACUGUUCACUGGGGGGCUAGAUCUUGUGCUGGUACCAGGCUUGGGAUUUGACAAGGAAGGUCAUCGACUGGGACGAGGGAAAGGAUUUUAUGAUACUUUUUUUGAGCGAUACAGCAGGCAGCUUGCUGGCAAACCUCACACCAUUGCUCUGGCAUUCCAGGAGCAGCUAUGUGAAUCCAUUCCCGUAACUGAACAUGACAUUGAGAUAGAUGAAAUCCUAUGUGCCGGAGACCUUGAAGACAUGAAAAACUGAAGAGUGUGACUGAAGACUGUCUAAGCUUUUUAAGGGUCGAUUACAGUGUGCCAUGUUACAGCACUUUGACAAUGGAAAAUAAAUCCUCUCAUCAUCCACAAAACAUGUUUUUAUUUUGCUUCUGCGAGACACCAUUUAUUAGAACGGUGCUUUUACCAGUACUCAGUAGAAAGUCCAAA